GAAUUAUUAAUAGUGAAAAUUUUAUUUGAUAUGUUCAAUUUUUUUAAUUGUGCAACAAAUAAUGUAAUAAACAACGUAUUUUCAUACGUAUUUUCAAUCUAUUAAAAUGUCAUAAAGGCACAAGUUGGUAUGUUAAUCGGGAGUCUAGACAUUAAGAAACUAAAUUUAAGAAUUUUGAUACUCUACACCGGAUGCAUAAGUUGUCACGGAUACAAUUAAGCUCGUCUGUAAGUGGCAAGCCGCAUAAAAGACCGCAAAAAACAAACAAAGUUUUAGAAGAGCAAAAGGAGCGACAGUCGGCAAGAAUAUAAAGAAUAAGAUUAGGGACAGGAACAGGUGAAGGCAGAGGGAAUAGAAACUAAAGCUGUGAAUGACGGCUGGAUAAGUGAAGGUCAAUAGAAAGACGAGGCUAGUUUCGAGUUUUGGAGCGGAACAGGAUUAUAAUAUAUUAUAAAGGAUAAAAGUGAUCCUCGGUUUAACCUAAUAGUGAGUAGGGGCUGUACUAGCAUUAAAACUCAAAUACCGGUAUUACAUACUAUACAGUUUACCUGAUAUUUUUGGUUGAAACGGAGUGUACUGCACAGCAUCUCUCGGAUAAAUACAUAACAACGUACUGUAGAUAUAUACAGAAGUAGUAUAAACUGUAUACAACAUAUAAACAAAUAAUAACAGCGACAGCAGAGGUAUAGGUUAAUACAUUUUAAGUAAUCACGUGUGUAUACUCGAUGUUGUGUCUAUUGUGCCCAACGUGCUCCAUCGUGCUGUGAUAAAGCUGUGAUAUUGUGCAUUUCAUCGACAAAAUCCAUGCGUGUACAGGAUCGUCAUUCGUUCUAUUCAUUUAUAGCUCGACGCGCUUCACCGCAUCAAAUACAAAUAGCCUAAUUGACAAAUGAUCCAUCGAUGUAAAAGUGAAGAAAGUUGAAUGCUUGUGGCAGAAACUAUUGAGACAACCAUCAAGCACUUGGUUACGGUGGUUUGCCAAGGGGUCACGGACAACAACAACAGGUGGUCGACAACGAGUGACUGAGUGACUUUAACACGGCCUUAUAUACCCGUAAUAAUAAUCAGCUUAUCGAGCAUCAAAAUAAUAAUCCCACACGACACCAAACCAACAAUCAACGCAAAGUAAUUGAUAAAAACUAGAUCCAGAAAUUGAUAAAUAAAUUAAACCCAUAAGAUUAAUAAGCAACGCCAAUACGACUGGACAAAGCGAAAUACCGGUUGAAAGCCGGUCGUGGUGGCGGUGCGAGUGCAGGUGCCUUGACGACAUGCGACUGAUACAGAGGUUAGCGAUCAGCGGGCUGCUCUCAGUCAUGUUGAUCGUACUACUAACUGGUACGUUUAUAACACGUCGUGAUCUUAUAACGAGUGUUGUCGAUCGUGGAGUAGGCCCGGAGGAACGAUCUGAACAAAUAAAUCCAGCAUGGGUCCAGGACAAUGCCAUUGCUGAUCCAGAGCAUUCACGAAACGAUUUCAAAGAACGUCGACCCGUCAAUGUCAGACACAGACCAGCUGAUUAUCUCGAGCAGUCUUCAGCAGUUGCAUCACCUACCGAUCCUAUUCCCGUUUAUCUUGUUAAACUACCAAAUCCACCACUAGAUGAUAUCACCAAUCAACGACGCGAAAAAAUCAAAGAGAUGAUGAAGCAUGGCUGGGACAAUUACGUGAGAUACGCCUGGGGCAAAAACGAACUGAGACCUAUCUCGAAGAGAGGACAUAGUGCCAGCAUUUUUGGAGCUUCCAAUAUGGGCGCUACCAUCGUUGAUGGAAUGGAUACGCUCUACAUAAUGGGACUUCAUGAUGAAUAUAAACAGGCGCGAGAUUGGAUUGCUCAAAACCUUGACUUCGAUAUUAACUCUGAAAUAUCUUUAUUCGAAGCCAACAUCCGAUUCAUGGGAAGUUUAUUGACAAAUUACGCACUCACAGGCGACGUAAUGUUCCGAGACAAGGCUGUACAACUUGCUGAGCGAAUGCUACCAGCUUUUCAGACUGAAACUGGAAUCCCACAUUCCCUUAUCAACCUUCAUACUGGGAUGAGCAGAAACUACGGCUGGGCAAGUGGUGGGUGUAGUAUUCUCUCGGAGUUGGGUACUAUGCAUCUCGAGUUUUCAUAUCUGAGUGACAUAACUGGGAAUCCGGUUUUCAAGAGUAAGGUCGAACACGUGAGAUCUACAUUGAGGAGUCUUGAAAAACCCAAAGGCUUAUAUCCUAAUUUCAUUCAUCCACGAACCGGCAAGUGGGGAUUACAUCAUAUAUCUCUCGGCGCAUUAGGUGACAGCUUUUACGAGUAUUUAUUGAAAGCUUGGAUUCAAUCCGGUAAAGAAGAUACGGAAGCACGUGAAAUGUAUGAAGAAGCUAUCAAUGCUAUAAUUGAUCAUAUGAUCUUCAAAUCACCUGGCGGAUUAACUUAUGUUUCUGAUUUAAAAUACGACAAAGUUGAACACAAAAUGGGUCAUCUCGCUUGCUUUGCUGGUGGAAUGUUUGCUCUUGGUGCAAAGGCAAUGGAUAAUGAUGAAUCUAGAAAUCACAUGGCUUAUGCUGCUGAACUAACAAGAACUUGCCACGAAUCUUAUGACCGCAGUGUUACUAAACUCGGUCCCGAAACAUUCCAUUUUACGGAUAAAACAGAAGCUAAAUGUUUGAAAAAUGGUGAAAAAUACUACAUUUUACGACCAGAGACUUUUGAGUCCUACUUCAUUCUCUGGCGGUUGACAAAAGAUCCUAAAUACCGUGAGUGGGGUUGGGAAGCGGUAGAAGCUUUGGAAAAGCAUUGUCGUGUACCAGGAGGAUUCACAGGAAUCAGUAAUGUGUAUUCAGUGGAUUCAGCGAAAGAUGACGUUCAGCAAAGUUACUUCUUUGCCGAAACACUCAAGUAUCUCUACUUACUCUUCAGUGAUGACAAUCUGAUAAGCUUAGAUGAUUGGGUCUUCAAUUCAGAAGCUCACAUGCUUCCAAUUAAAGGAAAUCCUCUCUACCGACAAGCACCUACAACGUUAUAAUCUGUGUAAUCUAAUAAAUCUAGACAAUCCGGUAGUGGUCUCAUCAUUUUCGCAGACUAGUUUGUAAACAGUUGAAAGACAAGAUCUUCCCGGAGUAUUACAUAUUAUUAUAUAUUAAAGUUUGGAUUCUGUGACAUGUUUAAUCAUAUUCAUUUAAAUAUAUUGAGGUAUUCCAAUAAAUAUUUACAAUAAUUAAUAUUAUUGCCAUUAUUUUUUUUAUAAAACUUUAUAUUAACAUUAUUAACAAAUUACGCAAUCAAAUUUUUUUUAUAAAAUAUUUAUUGAUAUAAAAUAAAUUUUUACGACUUAAAAUGAAAUAUUUACAUUAAGUUUUUUUAAAAUGAAUAGAAAUAAGAACAUAUUUAUUGGAUUACCUUAACUGAAGAAAUAGUAUGACAUUGUAAUUAAUAACAAAUACGAGCGUUGAAAAAAAAUAAUCAAUUAACAUAAGUAUAUUAAGUAAAACUUGAGAUAAUUAUUGUAAAUAUUUAAAUUAUAAAAUUAUAAAGAUAGAAAUACGAGGUUUAUGCUUUGCGCAUGAUUAUAAUUACUCGUAAUUGCUUGAACUAUUUUUACCCUUUAUCAAAAAAGGUAAUAAAGUAAACGCAGAGGUAAAUAAAAAUAUAAAUAAAAAUGAAAAUAAAAUACGUGGCCUAAGUUAUAUAGCGGUGUACAGCAACGAAUGAGUUAAUAAAUCGUCCUAGACUGACACCAGAGCCAUCAAGACUGAUUUCAUGAUGAGGCCUGGAUUUAUUAAUAAAUGCUAUCUCGAGCUAUAAUGAUCCAAAAACAAAAAAAAAAUAAUCCGCUGUAUAUGUCUUAUGCUUUCAUAUCAAACAUGUCGCUUUAGUGUAAUCAAACUUUUUUUAAUGAUUAUUUUUUUUUUUAAUUUUGUUUCUACCUAAUAGAAAUAUUUCAUUCUUAAUAAUAGUUAUUAGAUGAAUUUAUAUCAAGACACGUCAAUAGACUUAAUUAGUUAGUAUGAUGUAUGAUUUUUAAAAACAAAGUACAGUAGAUUUUAUUAGUAGUUCAUAUUCGAUGGAAGCUCAAUAUGUGUUUAAAUAAAAAAAUAAAUAAAAAAAUAAAAAAAAAAGUGUAAACCAGAAAAAGCUAUUACUAUUACCAUCUUUCAAUCACUCAUCUCUUUAAUUAAAUGACAUGUAGCUUAACUACAAAAUUUGUCUCACGCAAGUGUUCCUUCGCGUAUCAAAAGCAAAGUCUUUGGACGUUGCUCGUAAUUUUCGAAGCAAAAAUAUUAUGAAUUAUAAAUAUUAACGAAUAAUUAAAUGCACAUGUAUAUAUAGAUAACUUGAUUUUUUUUCUUCGUUUAUUCUCAAUAAUUAUUGCUAACUCUAGAAUAAUAAAAUGCAAACAAUUGAAAAAAAGUUAGGAAAUAAAAUACACUUAUACGAUAAUGAACCGAUAGUCUCUAUUGUUGUAUAUCCUUAAAAAAUAAUAAAACAAAAAAUGUCCAAGAACAAUAAGAAAAAGUAAGACAAGAGAAAAAGUUAAUAAAAUUCAACAGUAAACAUUAGACGCAUACACAAUUAUAACUUGUGUAGUAUGAGCACGUUUUUUGUAUUAUAUUAU